ACAGAAUAGAUGGAGCCCACUCAGAUGAACUAUUUCCUAGAGCACACCGAACAAAGAACAACUCUUUCCACUCAAAAAUACUCUCUCAACUAUCAAACUAUCAAAGAAUACUCCCUCAAGCAAAUCCGAAGAUACCCAAAUUGCAAGGACUCAACAAAUAGAUUGACGGUCUCUUAAUUCCAGCAAAAUAAUUGCAAGGACUCAGCAAAUAGAGGACUCAGCAAGUAGUCGCCGACGAGACUCCCGUCCAUAUAUUUCGAUGCCUUAGCUCCUGGGUACCAUAACGGUCUGGCCGGGAUUUGCUUUUUCGGAGCCUUUUUAGGUGCGACCUUUUUGGUACCGAAACCGAAUCUGGCUUGGACUCUAUGCCGAAGUCUCUUAAUUUUUUCGUAGCUGCAAAGGUUAUACUCAUGGUGACUCUUAAUUUUUUCUACAAGUUUAUGGUAAGAUACACUGGUUUCCUUUGUGUUUUUGAUAAAAUUAGUAGGUGAAACAAUUUUGGUAGUAGUAAGGGUUGGAGAAGCUGCAAAUUUGGUGCGAUAAGGGCAGAGACUUUGGCUUCUCAUCUUAAAGUUAUUAUUGAAAAAGCCAAAUUCUUGUCAAAGGAUAUCUAUGGAUAAUGGUGAUAAAAAGUUGGAUGAAUCUUCUGAGAUGGACGGAUGAGUAUAUCCGUGGAGUGAAUGAUUUUCUUGAUAAGGCAUUUGAACGAGCCGCCCAAAGAAAUGAAAUAUUAUGCCCUUGCAAAAAGUGCAUGAAUCGCUAUUGGUAUUAUAGAAAUGUGGUGGAGGAUCAUUUGGUUGUUCAUGGAUUUGUUGAUGGUUAUAUCAAAUGGGUUUUCCAUGGGGAAGGAUUUUGCUCGAGAAAUACACCUCAUCCAAGCAAUGAUGAUGAAGGUUCUACCCUGCGUGACGAUAUUGAUGGACUACUUCAUGAUACAUUUAGAAAUAUAGAGGGUCAGGCAAGGGAUGAAGAAGGAGUUGGGGAAAGACUAUCUGAAGAUGCAAAGAAGUUUUUCAAAUUGCUGGAGGAAGGAAAACAAGAGUUAUAUCCGGGAUGUGAAAAUUUCAGUAAACUGAGUUUCACUAUUCGAUUGUACUUGAUUAAAUCCUUGCAUGAGUUGAGUAAUGUGGCUUUCUAUGAUUUGUUAGAGUUGAUAAAAGAGGCAUUUCCCAACAAGGUUAGAAACAUGAUAACAAAUUUGGGUCUUCAUUAUGAAAAAAUACAUGCACGCCCUAAUGAUUGCAUGUUAUUUUGGAAAGAAAAUGCGAAUGCCGAUAAUUGCUCUAUUUGUGGGUCUUCAAGAUGGAAGAGUGCUCGUCCUUUGACUAAAGCAAACUCUAAAAUCCUUGCAAAGGUUUUAAGGUACUUUCAUUUAAAGCCUAGGUUUCGGAAGAUAUUUAUGUGUCCUGAAACAGCUGCUGCAAUGAGAUGACAUGCUAAUGAAUGACCCAAUGAUGGGAAUAUAAGACAUCAUGCUGUUCCAAAAUAAUCUACAAACCGUUCCAAAUACAAAUAUAACCGUUAUGAUAGCUUAAAAAAAUCGUUGCUAUAUCCAACAUAACUGUAGCAAUAGCUUACAUAAGUAUUGCUUUAAAUAAUAUGACAACAGUUAAGAACCACUGUAUAAACCAUAUAGUAACGGUUUUAAACUGUUCCAAUUGAAAAAAAAUAAUUGUUCCAACAGAGAAGGGGAAAACCGUUUCGAUAGACAUAUCUAUUGUCACGACGAUGCAAACCGUUGCAAGAAUCGUUCCAGUAGACCUAUGGGUAUGCCGACUGAUGUAACGGGCUGUAAACCAUUCCAAAAUCCCUACAGC